UUGCAGACGGAGAAGACACAUCGGGAUGAACUGCAGGAGAACGGAAAGAAUUGUAAACGAGGGUGGGAGGGCUGGUGAGCGUCGCGACGCCUCGACCCUCUCAGUCUCCGCCCAACCGGCGUCGAGGAUGCAGUGGUCUCGUGGAUGGUGAUUGCGAAUUCCUGGUGGAACAUCCGGUGCUCGGGGUUGUUCCCUCGUGGAGGAGUUCUCUCGGUGUUUGUCGAGGGUUUAUUUGCACCGAGUGAAGGACUAAUGGAGGGGGUGGGGCUGAUACGGUCCGGUGACUUGUGAGUGCUAUUCCAAGUUGUUGUCAAAGUGGCGGGUUGAGAAUUCGUGGAAGAUUACAGGGGGAUAUCGGUUUCUCUGGAGGCUUUAAGAAGACAGUCAAGAUCAGUCGCGUCAAAGCGAUGUCGUCAACUAAAGUUCCGUGGGGGAAGAAAUCAUGACAGGAACAUACCGGAUAUCGGUGAGUACAGAGAGCGCGGGUGAAGAUGAGGAGAGUCUCGCUGGUGAUGGUGUUGUCACGCAUCUCACCAUGACAACGAGGGUUUCGGGAAUGGGAAGCCCAACACCUGGGGGCUUCCAUCGUGGUAUCAUUGGUGGCCAUCACAAUCAGCAUGUCACCUUUGAUCCUGAAGCCCAACCAACCAUGCUCUAUCCAACCACCAGCCUCCUCGAGAGGCCUGAUAUUACUGAUAAAAAGGUCAAGAGGCAAAGUAUUCACGGUAUGAUGGAGGAGGAGAAUGUAGUGCGACCCCACCAGGAAAUCGCCAGUCUCUCCCUAGCGGAGAAGAAAUAUCUGUUGGCAGUGGAACGAGGGGAUGUCGCCUCAGUGAGACGGAUGCUGCAGAAAGCCCAGGAGGACAAGUCGAUAAAUAUGAAUUGUGUCGAUCCACUGGGCAGAUCUGCACUGCUCAUGGCAAUUGACAACGAGAAUCUCGAGAUGGUGGAACUUCUCAUAAAGUACAAAGUCGAUACCAAGGAUGCACUGUUGCAUGCUAUAUCAGAGGAGUUUGUCGAAGCUGUUGAGGUACUUCUUGAGCACGAGGAAACCCUCCACAGGGAUGGCAAGCCCCACGUAAGCAGCCCGGCUGUGUCGUCCGCUUGUCAUAUGACAAGCUGGGAGGCUCUCGAUCCAGACACUGCGACAUUUACCCCCGACAUCACGCCUUUAAUACUCUCGGCACAUCGUGACAACUAUGAAAUCAUUAAAAUUCUUCUGGACCGAGGCUCGGUGCUGCCCAUGCCCCACGACGUCCGUUGUGGAUGCGAUGAAUGUGUAACAUCGAGGAUGGAGGACUCCCUGAGGCACUCGAGGAGUCGUAUAAAUGCCUACAGGGCACUGGCCUCACCCUCUCUCAUAGCCCUGUCUUCCAAGGAUCCAAUCUUAACGGCUUUCGAGCUCUCCUGGGAGCUGCGUCGAUUAUCCUUCCUCGAGCAUGAAUUCAAAUGCGAAUACCAGGAAUUGAGACGACAGUGUCAGGAUUUUGCCACAGCACUGCUGGAUCAUACCAGGAGCUCUUAUGAGCUAGAAGUGCUGUUAAAUCAUGAUCCAACGGGACCAGCGUUCGAGCACGGCGAGAGAAUGCAUCUGAAUCGACUAAAACUGGCGAUCAAGCUCAGACAGAAAAAAUUUGUUGCACACCCAAAUGUCCAGCAAUUACUGGCCUCGAUUUGGUACGAGGGCCUUCCAGGCUUUCGUCGAAAGAACAUGGUAUUACAGGCACUUGAAAUCGUACGUAUUGGAAUUCUAUUUCCAUUUCUCAGUGUCGCUUACAUUAUCGCGCCACACAGUGUCUUCGGUCAGACCAUGAGAAAACCCUUUAUCAAAUUCAUCUGUCACUCGGCAUCGUACUUCCUAUUUCUCUUCAUGCUGAUUCUCGCCAGUCAGAGAAUAGAGUCAGUGAUAGGCCUGUGGAUGGGUCAGGACAUUGAUGAGCACGAGCCGGAGUCGAAAAGAGGGGCUGCACCAACUCUAGUCGAAUGGUUCAUCUUGGCAUGGGUAUCGGGAUUGAUUUGGUCCGAGGUGAAGCAGCUCUGGGAUGUGGGACUCGAGGAGUAUGUCAAUGACAUGUGGAAUGUCAUUGAUUUUGUAACAAAUUCACUGUACGUUGCGACAGUUGCAUUGAGAAUAGUCGCUCAUUUUCGUGUUCAAAAGGAAAAUGAGGGACGAAUGCCAGGAUCAAUUGUCGGACUGCAGAGGGAAGAGUGGGACACUUGGGAUCCGAUGCUCAUAUCUGAGGGUUUAUUCUCAGCAGCCAACAUCUUCAGCUCACUGAAGCUCGUCUACAUAUUCUCGGUGAAUCCUCACCUGGGACCCCUCCAGGUCUCACUAUCUAGAAUGGUGAUGGACAUUAUGAAGUUUUUCUUUCUCUUCGUUCUCGUGUUAUUCGCAUUCUCCUGUGGUUUGAAUCAACUGUUGUGGUAUUACGCGCACAUGGAGAAGAAGAGGUGUCCGACGGAGACGAUGUAUCCGUACAACAACAACAUCACCAACAGCGAUACCAAUGCCUGCAUUGUCUGGAGGAGAUUCGCCAAUCUAUUUGAAACAACGCAGACGCUCUUCUGGGCAGUGUUUGGCCUCAUUGAUCUCGAGAGUUUUGAGCUCGACGGCAUCAAGGUGUUCACAAGGUUCUGGGGCAUGCUGAUGUUCGGCACAUACUCCGUCAUCAACAUAGUGGUGCUCUUGAAUCUACUCAUCGCCAUGAUGAAUCACUCCUAUCAACUCAUCUUCGAGCGUGCUGAUGUUGAAUGGAAGUUCGCGAGAAGCAAACUGUGGAUCAGUUACUUCGAGGAGGGGGGCACUGUACCACCGCCUUUCAAUAUUAUUCCCACACCCAAGAGUCUGUGGUAUAUCGGACAGUGGAUUCAUAAAAAAUUUUGCGGCCACAGUAGAGCUGCGAAGAAGGAGCACAUGAGAACAAUUCGGCGAAAAGCUCAACAAGCUAGUGAGCGCGACCUGAGAUACCAGGGAAUAAUGAGAAAUCUCGUUCGACGAUACGUCACUGUCGAGCAACGAAAAACCGAGGGUGAGGGUGUCACUGAGGACGACGUCAAUGAGAUAAAGCAGGACAUCAGUGCAUUCAGAUGUGAAUUAAUCGAGAUACUGAAUGCAUCGGGAAUGAAAACAUCAACGAGCUCAUCAACCGGUACCGGUGCUGGGGGUAAGAAGAAUCGACAGAAGGAGAGAAGAUUGAUGAAGGGAUUCAACAUUGCACCACAGCCUGGGGGCAGUGGCAGUUUACCACCGGUUGCUGAGUAUAUUGCAUCACUCCAGCAGGCACAGCACGAUCACAAGACGAGAGAGCUCACCAGCAGCACUCUCAGUGGAAUCUUUGCUCCUGUCACUGCUCUCAAAAAGAAUCCCCAUCACAUGAGCACUAACAGUGUUCCUGCUACUUGUAACAGGCAGAAUCGAACAUGCAGGAACGGCUCCAGGAAGAGACGAUGGGGAACUCUCAUCGAAGCUGCCAAAGUUCGGUCUAGGUUGAUAGACACCUACGCAUCCACAGGAAGAUCACGCUCCGAGGACUCAAUGUAUCCUCCCGCCUCUGAAGACGGUGGUUUCCGAUCCGAGGGGUCCUCUGAUUCGAAAUCCUCCUUGGAUGUACCAACAGCUGGGGGAUCCCAGGAGAAUCCCCAGAAUUCCCAGCAGUGUGAGCGUCAGAACAACGUGUUCACCCACAGCCAAGUAUUCUCGUCAGCACUGGCUGCCCUCAGAAUGAAGAGAAAAAAAUUCUCAGGAUCAAGGGCAUCAACGCCUGUUAUGACUAGUGGAAAUACGUCGACUGUUGAGAGUAUCUCAGCUCUACCAACGGCAAGUUCCGUGAGCUCUGUAACUCAAUCUACUAACAAGAGUCAGUUGCAGAGGGCAAGCAGUGUUCCAGCGAGGAAGAUGGAUCUAAUUUCCAAUCAAAUUAUCUUGGCGAGGUGUCACGAUGUCACUCAGAGUCAACAACCGAGCUUGGAUACUAUGGAGAUAACCAGCGUCAGCGAAAGACUUGAGGCUGAUGACAUCAGAGUCGAUGUGGAAGCCCUGAGUCCUUCGACGACCGACGAGAGCUUUCCCAGCCAGCCAACCACCUCAGGCGAUACUAUUCACACACAGAGUCUUACAACGAGCAUCAAGAGAAAUGGCUCAGCAACACAAUUGCAGAGACUCGCUGGUAUCGAUUCAAUUCGCGAUGUCACCUCCGGCUGGCUCUGAGGAUAUAAUCCGUCAUUUAAAUUGACUCGUUGCUCGUUCUAUCUCAGUUUUUAUUGGCAAACGGGGGGAUGAGAGAAAAUAUGCCGAAGGAGGUAGAAGCGCGCUGGCGCAUUUCACCGUUCCUUCAAGUGCAAUGAGAAUUCGUACUUGUAAUUUUUCUCUCGUUUUACGACGGUCGUAGAAAUUCUCCGCCCUUUUUCCUUCGAUAAGUCGUAUUUUUUUUUUUCCACAUGCACAAACGCUCGUGGCCAAUUGUUGUGAAUAAAUCGACUGUUGAAGGGGUGAGGGGUAGUGAUAUGGGGGGAUGGGGAGUAGGUGCCACUCGUACAUGCGUUGACAACUGCCAGUUAAUUCGAACUGCGUGACGCAGUCAUUACUGCGGUUUUUUUUUUUCGGGCUAUUGCCCUCUUCGUGUCACUCUCAGUCUGCAUUUUUUAAAUUGAAAAUAUAAAUAAUUGGUGAGGAUGAGUGCAGAGUUCGGGUGACUUGGGAGAAUAUUUUAAUUGAAAAUUAUCACUAUCGAAUUUUAUCGUAACGUUAAUCAAACAUCUCUUUAGUGGGUUUUACAUAGAGAGAAUAAUGAGGAUGACGACAGGUGUGGAGAGAAAUUAUUAAAGAAUGUUGACAGGAUUAUAAAAUAGCUGGUGGAUGACUCGUUGUCGUCACGACCAAGUAGCACCAGCUGAAUGCAUUAUUAAUCUAUCGUAUUACCAGUGACAACUAGAAUUAAACAAACGAUAUAGUAA